UUGCUUCUGACAUCCAUGACCUCUCGCGUCCAAAAGGGCGGGCCGGUUUUCAAACCCGUUAUCAAGGCCAGGGCUCGCGCAACAAGCAGUGUCCCAAGAGCAACCCCUGCUCCGCCAAUUGAACGCGAAUCAGUUGUACCAGUUGACGACGGCGCCGAACCGAAUGUCCCGGGUCCUUCUACUUCUUCAUUGCCUCUACCACCAACGUUACUCAAUCCUACGCCUGAAUCUCCUCCUGCGCUUAUAGUACCGCCUGCCACACCUCCGUCGAUAAUCAGAGCACCGACUAUUCUCUCACCAUCUCCUCCUCGACCAAAACCUCCUUCUGUUGCUACCGCAUCGUCCCAAAUACCCCCUUCGUCGAAUACUCUUGUUGGCUCUAGUACACAGGCAUCGCUCCCCAGUUCACUUCCCCCCGAAGGGGAGUCUAGUCAGGACCCGACACAAGUUGACCCGCCUCCCUCUAACGACGUUGAAGAGGCUGCGUCUCCUGCUAAAAAGAAAGCCGGCAAACGAAAGAGGAAGGAUGGAGACGGGGGAGAUACAGAAGCUGACAAAUCCGCAUCACCCACCAAGAAGGCGAGAAAGAAGAAAGGCGUAGAUGGAGAGACUACAGAAGCUGAGCCAUCCACCACCAAGAAAACGAAAACUCCCAAAAAGUCGAAGAAGAAGAAAGGCGUAGAUGGAGAGAUGACGGAGGCUGAGACAUCCACGACGAAGAAAUCGAAGAAGAAGAAAGCUGUAGAUGGAGAGACUACAGAAGCUGAGUCAUCCACCACUAAGAAACCAAGGAAGAAGAAAGCUGUAGAUGGAGAGACCACAGAAGCCGAGACAUCCAAAUCCCCCACCAAGAAGAAGACGAUCAAACGGAAGAAAAAGGGUGCCGAUGGAGAGACUACUGAAGGCGAGACGACCUCCGCUGAGAAGCCGCAAACAAGAAAAAAGAAGACGCAGAUAAAAGAGGAGGAAUCUUCGUCGCCAGAAAUACCGCGCAAAAGAAAGAAGAAGGCUACCGAAGACGGGCAGUCAGUUCCCAAAGCGAAGAGGCCCAAGAAGCAGGCGGCAGCUGAGACCGGUACCGAUGAUGAUACUCCCGGCGAACCGAAACGACGAGUCCUGCGCAAAAGAAAGGUGGUGGAAGUGCAACCCACUGAAAGUGAAAUCGAUGAGUUGGAGAGUGAUUCACCGCCAUCACUACCGAAAAUACGACGCAAGAGGAAACCCAAACUUCCUCCUUUCGACCCCGAUGCAGAUCCGGGGGAAGAACUUGACCCCACUGCAAUCACUAUGGCUGAAUUGUGCGAAGACAAUGGUCAGGGACGAGUCAGCAGUAAGGCGAUGGAGAUACAGCGCAACCAUUUUGCUUGGAAGCAGCAAAGCAAAGACAAGAGAGCUCGAAUGAAGAUGCUCGCCGAGCGCAAGAAAUAUGGGCAGCCAGAGGACGCUGACGAUGAAGAGACAGCGCCAGCGCCGACCGUAACUCCCGCUGCUCCAGUCGAAGUCAACCAACCCGAAGAAAAUGCUGUAGCUGACCCCUCAGAACCUAUUAUCGUUGAUGAAUCUGGCAGCGGGUUCGACUAUUCGAAAGAUCUGACGACUAGCCGUUUCCAUGUACAAGUGCGGAUUGGGCCGAAUGGAGAGACAAUCAUAGACGAGGACUCAUUGGCUGUUGAUCGGACUGAAGAAGUCGACACGACCAACUACGUUCAUGUGGUUGAAUCUGAUAACACCAAGUUCGUCAACUCUGCAUCGUACACCAAGAAGUGUCGAGGAUCACGUUGGAGUGCUGAAGAGACUGAGUUAUUCUUUGAGGCGUUGGCCCAACAUGGCGAAAACUACGAGUUGAUUUCUUUGGUCCUUCCAGGUCGCAGUCGCACAGCGUGCAAAAACAAGUUCAAAGCCGAGGACAAGAAGGACAGUGCACGUAUUAAUCGUUGUCUUGAGAGUAAAACACCAAUUGAUAUGGAUACUCUCGCCCGGCUCACUGGGCGGGAUUUUUCUGGCCCUACUCCCAUCAUUAAGAUGCCUUCGCCGCCACCGGUUCCUGAGAAGGGUGUUGCUGAACCUCCGAUGGAACCUGAGACUCCGGGCACUGUGCGGAAACGUAGUCGUAGUCGCAGUCGACGCCUAUCCGCUUCGGAUGGUGUUGAGAUCAUUGGAGAUGCUGCUUCGUAUGUCGAUAAUGAUUAG